GCAACAGAAUUUACCUCCGAGUCUCUGUACAACAUCCCCGAGCACAUUGGAUAUCUCAAGUCCCUAGGGCUAGACUACGGUUAUGGGCCUACAGCACUGAUGGAAUGGACACUCGAGCACAUCCAUGUCUUCGCCGGAACCCCAUGGUGGAUCUCUAUCGUCCUCACAUCAGUCCUCGUGCGCGCCAUCAUGUUCAAGCCAUACAUCAACGCAGCAGAUAACGCAGCUCGAAUGUCAGAAAUAAUGCCGAUCACGAAACCGAUCCAGGCUAGGAUGAUGGAGGCGCAAAGAGCAUCGGAUAUGGAUGGGAUUAUGAGGGCUAGACAAGAACUCUCUUUGAUCAAUAAAAGGGCUGGCAUUAGUCUGUGGAAGAGCUUUGUCCCGAUGACACAGGUUAUAGCUGGCUAUGGGACGUUUGUCAUACUGAGAGCUAUGUCUAAAUUGCCAGUUCCUGGACUGGAGACUGGUGGUAUUCUGUGGUUUACCAAUCUUGCUGUCCCGGAUCCGCUACUUCUGCUUCCGAUUUCUACGGCUGGCGUGUUGCAUUGGGUUCUCCGGAGAGGAGGUGAAAUGGGCACUUCAACUUUCUCUCCCGCCGUCUUCAACGCAAUGAAGUGGGGUCUCCCUGCUCUCUCCCUGAUCUUCACAUGGUGGCUCCCAGCAGCAGUCCAGCUCUCCUUCUUCGUCUCCGGCCUCAUGUCCUUCGGCCAAGCAACCCUCUUCCGACAAACUUGGUUCCGAGAACGCUUCAACAUGACACCCCUCUCUAGUAACGCCAUCCCCGGGGCGAAAGUAGAGCCCAAGAACCCCUACAAAGGGAAGUUAAAACUUGCCGCCAACCCCGUCCUCUCGCAAGCCGAGCUAUCCGGCCGCUUCCAAAACGCCCAGAAAAGAGCAUUAAGUGAGAAAUUAGGCAAGAUCAGGGAGAACAAUCCGCCGGAUGGGGUCCUAGGGAAGGUCAUUAAUGGGGCGUUUAAGGAUGUGAAGGGGACGGUGGAUGAGAUUAAGGAUGCGGGGAGUGGCGUUAUGAGCAGUGCGAAGGAGCUCUUGAGUGGAAGGACGGAGAAGGCGGAUAGGAAGCAGGCAAGGUUGUAUGAGGAGAAGAGGCAGGAGCAGUUGAAAAAAGAGAGGUGGGAGAAGGAAGCUGAGAAGCGGGCGGAGAGAGCCGCGAAGAGGAUGAGGUAG